UUUGCCCCGGUGACUCGCCUGGCUCUUCCCGGUUUCCUCCCGCCCCGCGAUGUGGAGCCAUCGACUGGGCCGCCUCGGGCCUGCGGGCUGCGGGGUGGAGGAACUACGGCGUCGCCGGCGGGAGCGGGAGGCCGCAUUGAGGAAGGCGCGGAGGGAGCAGCAGCUGGUCAGCAAGAGGUUGCUGAGAGAUGACACCUCGGAGGAAGCCGGAGGGGGCUGCGCGACCGCUAUCCUGGGGCAAGCCGAGAUCCAGCAGUUCCUGCAGCUGGCCCAGCGGGGGACAGAGGAAAAGGAGAGACUGGGUGCUCUGGUCAGCCUUCGGCGAGGCUUGCAGCACACCGAGUCACAGCAGAACUUCAUUAGGCUGGAGGGAAGCAUGCGGACCCUCGUCGGUCUCCUGACCAGCAACCAUGCCCUGCUGCAGCUUGAGGCCGCCCGGUGCCUUCAUGAGCUGUCACACUCUGAGCAGUGUGUGGUGGCGGAGGCCUGCCUGCCGGCCACUUCCUACCUUCUCACCUACCUCGCCGGUCACAGCUCAGAUCUUGUAGAGCUGUGUCUAUACACACUAGGCAACCUGAUCGUGGAGAGCGAGGCCAUAAGGAGGCAGCUCCUGCCACAGGGCAUUAUUCCAGCCUUGGCUGCCUGUGUCCAGUCUCCCCACCUGCCUGUGCUGGAGGCCGCUGGAUACACUUUAUCCCAGCUCCUGCAGGCCCAGGAAGCACCAGAGACUGUCAUUCCCUCUGUCCUGGCCUCCACUCUCCCCCAACACAUGCUGCGGCUCUUGCAACCUGGCCCGAAACUGAACCCUGGGGUGGCUGUGGAAUUUGCCUGGUGCCUUCACUACCUCAUCUGCAGCCAGGUCAACAAUUCACUGCUCAUCAGCCAUGGGGCUCUGUCCACCUUGGGGCUGCUGAUGUUGGACUUGGCGGGGGCUGUCCAGAGAACUGACAAUGAAGGACUGGAGCUGCUGGCAUGCCCUGUGCUUCGGUGUCUGAGCAACUUGCUAACAGAGGCAGCAGCAGAAGCCAUGGAAGGGGAAACGCAGUUUGGAGAUGAGCGUGUCUUGGCAGCAUUAUUUCUGAUCUUGCAGUUCUUCUUCCAUAAACAGCCCAGCCUACUUCCUGAAGGCCUUUGGCUUCUUAAUAACCUCACCGCAAACAGUCCUAGUUUUUGUACAUCUUUGCUCUCCCUGGAUCUGAUUGGGACCCUCUUGCAGUUAUUGUCAGUAUCUAACGUGGUGCGCGUAUUGGUGCUCACAAUUCUGUGCAACGUUGCAGAGAAGGGUCCUGCUUACUGCCAGCAUCUGUGGCCAGGGCCCCUGCUGUCCUCCUUGUUGGACAUGUUGGCCUUCUCUGACACUGAAGUUGUUGGCCAGAGUUUGGAGCUGCUACAACUGCUAUUCCUCUACCAACCAGAGGCUGCACAGGCCUUUCUGCAGCACUCCGGGCUGCAGGCCCUGGAAAAGCACCGUGAGGAGGCACAGCUCCAGGAUCGUGUGCACGCUCUCCUGCAGAAGGCUCUUCACGGGUGACCUGGCUUCGGGGUCACACGCCAUUCCUCACCUCCCCUGCCUCCCCCAGGAAUCCUCUUUGGGGCUUUAGAAACAGUCUUUUUGUUCUCUGCUAUACCUCCCAACACUUCUUUCACCCACCCUGACAAGAGAGGAAGACCGGAUGGAGCUUGGUGUGUCCUGCUUAUUUGGGGGGCCCUGGAGUCCCGUCCCCACCAAUUUUAGCAGUUAGCUUUUGAUAGGACAGAAUAAAGUUCUAUUUUUAU